AUGGCUGAGACACGUACUGCGUUUCCUCGGCCUCGAACAAUCCACACCCACCCCUCUCAUCAUGGACAACCAAGCGGUAAUUGCCGGUGCCCAGAACACUGCUGCAACGAAAAAGAGCAAGAUUAUCGACCUUCGUCCGCACUACUUACGCGAACACAUCCGUCUAGGCCAUAUACAACUCCACCAUGUACCAUCCAAUCGGAUGCUGGCCGACAUGUUUACAAAGCCCCUACUACGUACGCAGUUCAGCCAUAUGAAGACCGGGCUUCACCUUGGGUAGCGUAUGCACCCAGUCGAGGCAGUCGUCCCUGCAGGAGGCGUGUCAUUGGGACUCUCUUGGUCCUUACAGCGACGAAGCCCGACCGGUCUUGA